AUGAAGGUAAAGAAACCCAAGACAAAGUCCGGCGCUCAUAAGGCAAGCUUAGCUAAACUAGCCAACAAAAGGACAAAUCGCUUGGCUAAGCAAGGCAAGCUUCACAAAGUGGAUAAAAAGAAAAAGAAGAGAAGACUUUUGCAAGAGAGUGCAAAUAAGAAACAGGUGCUUCAGCUACAGCAGCAGAAACAGCUAGAGGAUAUCAGUAAUUAUCCAGUAAACGAUGAGGAGGAGGAUGAUGCCAACCUCUCUGAUCAUGAUGUUCAAUAUUUUAAAAAGCUGAACAAUGCACAUAGCUUUCUGAGAGCUGAUUUGAAUAAUGAUGGUAAACCACGAAGUAAGAAAAGAAAAAGAACAGAUGAAGAUGAAGAAGAAUCGUAUGAGCAGUUACCAAGACAGUUUCAAACUGACCAGAAGUCACAGCAAAUGAAGAUGAUGCUUCCAAUCAUAGCCAAAGGGAAAGUCAUCAAAAAGAUGGUUGAGGCAGAGGCUACAGAUGAUAAAGAAGAAGCUCAAGUUAAUGCAGAGGUCUCUGCUGAAGAAAAGCCAGAAGAGGAAAAUAAAAUGAGCGCUAGUGAAUGGACUCCACAUGGGGAUGUGGUAGAUAUUGAAAAAGAGAAGGCCUACUUGGCUACAUUGAGUGCUGUUGAAGUGUUUGCCUAUCGUGAAAACAAGCUCUUAGAGAAGAAGCAGAAGAUCGCUACCUUGUCUCAUGCAGUGCUUGAGGACCCACAGAACAGUAUGAAAAAGCUAAAGGAGCUGCGCCUGAUGCUGGGAGAGACUGCCCUUGGGGUUUCCCUCAGUGUGAGAAAGUAUGCCAUGAUCUCUCUCAUGGAGGUGUUCAAGGAUAUUGUCCCUGGAUAUCGCUUGAGAAUCCCCACAGAAAAAGAAAAAUCACAAAGGGUGAAGAAGGAAACUAAAAGCUUGUGGGACUACGAGGCAUCAUUCCUGCUGAACUAUAAAAUUUAUUUAGAAUUUCUGGAAACCAUGGCAAAAGUGAAGCCUGUUCUAGAGAAGACUUUUCUGACCAAGCAUGGAAUCACUGAUUUGAACCUGCCUCGUACAAGCAUGGUGGAGUUUGGGAAACUGGCGUUGAAAUGUUUAUGUGAAAUGCUUGUAAACCAUCCGCAUUUCAACUACCGCAGUGUUAUCAUCAGUGCUGUCGUUCCAUUCAUGAAUCACAAAAAUUCCGAGUUUUCAGAAAUUGCUUGUGAUGCAGUCAAGAGGGUAUUCAAGGCAGACAAGACAGGAGACAUCAUACUGGAGAUUGUCAGGGAUAUUGGCAGGAUGGCAAAGAAGAGGAAGUUUGAUGUCAGACGUGAG